GAAUGAUAUAUAAAGACCUUGAAAGGAAUCAUAAACUAUAAAUUAAGGCUAUUUAAUGGGACCGAUUCCUAGAUAAGAACUCCAUGAUAAUACAUACUUAGAUUAACAAUUAAACUUAGCCAAACCACUUAUUUUAUUGAUAACACAAAUGUGUUUGCCAUGUCGUGCUAGAAUUCUAUCUGAAAUAAUAGAUUAGAUCUAUUAUAUCAAGAAGAAAAUAGAAAGAAGAGGCUGGUGCUUAAGUAUGAAGAGUCUACUUAAAUUAAAUGAAUUAGAGGAAAAAGAAGAAUAUUAUUGAUUGAGGAAAACCCAAAAGAG